UUUUAAAACAAAUCGAAACACUUGUCGCAAUGAAGUCGAAUAUAUCUUUGGAAUAUGCAUGCAUCCUUGAAUUCUAUGCUAUAAUAGCGACCACCGUGCUAUGCUGUCCUCUAGCCCCUCUGUCCGUAGAUAUGUAUCAUUUUCUAUGGGUUAAAGGCGAGGUUGGUUUCGACCGGUGGGGAUUGAUGGUGUCUCAUUGAUUGAAAGGAGUUCCUUGCCGUCCCUUUUUCACCACAAAGUAUUAAUUAAUGGAAGACGAUCAUGGGACUACACCGCAUUUACCAAUCGUCUUCAGUGAGACGACCAAGGUUCAUGGAGGGAGGAGGGAGCUACCGUCGACGUAUACAGAGUGUAUCCGCUGACGUCGUCUGUGAUACAUCGACUGAUCAGGACUCACCCCCCCAGGUACACGGUGAUGGUGGAGUGCUGGCACCCCAGGCUGGAGCGUCGGCCCACCUUCUCUGAGCUGGUGGCCCGCAUCUCCGGCAUCUUCUCCAGCUUCAGCGGCGAGCACUACGUCCUCCUGAACACCACCUACGUCAACCUGGACAAGAUGAGCCCCUACCCUCCCCUCCUCUCCCCCACCUCCCCGUACCCCCGCACCUCCACCUCCUCCUUCUCCUCCGCCUCCUCCUCCUCCCACUACCCCUCCGCCGACCCCUACCCCGCCGCCAGCGCCUCCACCUCCCUGCCCCCCCCGUCCCACGCCCUGCUGCAGCGCCCCCACCUGGCCUGCUGCACCUGACCGCUAGGGGGGGCCUGGUUAGCCGAAUAUGGUAACAGGAAGAGAGAGAGGGAGGGAGAGAGAGAGGGAGAGAGAGGGAGAGCGAGAGAGAGAGAGAGAGAGAGAGAGAGAGAGAGAGAGAGAGAGAGAGAGAGAGAGAGAGAGACUAACAGACGGAUGACCUCAGAGAAA